UCACAGCAAAUAUAGCAACAAAUAUCUCAAUUGGUAUUUUCCAAAGCCACGAAACGUGCAUUGAGUUUGGAGCGAUAUCUGAAGUGAAGAUUGAAGACGUGAUAGAAGAUGGACGACUACUGCUAUGCUAAGAUGGCGACGUCCGCUAAAAGAGAACAUGAAAGAGAAUCAACUUCCAGCAAAUCACCGACGGAGAUAAAGACGAAAGAUGAAGACGUCCAGCAGCUGAUCGGUAAUCCAGAAGAAGUUACCCCUCAGUUAGGGGGGAGCUCCACUUUGAAGCAGGAGACUCCACAACCACCCUGCAUUAAAAAGGAAGAGGAGGAACUCUGCAUCACUCAGGAGGGAGAGUGUCUUCUAGGACGAGAGGAAGCUGAUUACACCAAGUUUCCACAGAGUAUUCUCUCUGUGAAGACUGAAGAUGAUGAAGAGAAACCACAAGUAGACAACCUCUUAGCGCCACUAUCAGAUAGUGAGGCUGAAGACGAGGUUGAAGUAACUUUGAGCAGCGAUACAGACUGUGAAGGUGAUAUGAGGACUCACACUGACAACAAACACUCUGAAUGCUCUACAAAGAAGAGAGGUAAAACAUGUUUGAGCUGCUCAGUUUGCGCUGAAAGUUUUACUCUAAAGAGCAGUUUGACUCGACACAUGAGAACACACACAGGUGAAAAACCAUUCAGUUGUUCAGUUUGUGCCAAAAGCUUUUCUCAAAAAUGUGGUUUGACUAAACACAUGAGAACACACACAGGAGAAAAACCAUUUAAUUGUUCAGUUUGUGGCAAAAGCUUUUCUCAAAAUAUCAAUCUGACUGUACACAUGAGAACACACACAGGAAAAAAAACAUGUACCGGUAAUCGUUCAGUUUGUGGCAAAAGCUUUUCUCGAAAUAGCAUUUUGACUGAACACAUGAGAACACACACAGGAGAAAAACCAUAUAAGUGUUCAGUGUGUGACAAAAGCUUUUGUGUUAAGACCAAUUUGACUAAACACAUGAGAACACACACAGGUGAAAAACCAUUUAAUUGUUCAGUUUGUGGCAAAAGCUUUUCUGAAAAUAGCUAUUUGACUAAACACAUGAGAACACACACAGGUGAAAAACCAUUUAUUUGUUUAGUUUGCGGCAUAAGCUUUUCUCAAAAUAGCUAUAUGACUAAACACAUGAGAACACACACAGGAGAAAAACCAUGUACUUGUUCAGUUUGUGGCAAAGGCUUUUCUCAAAAUAGCGAUAUGACUAAACACAUGAGAACACACACAGGUGAAAAACCAUAUAAUUGUUCAGUUUGUGGCAACAGCUUUUCUCAAAAUAGCAAUCUGACUCAACACAUGAGAACACACACAGGAGAAAAAUCAUGUAAUUGUUCAGUUUGUGGCAAAAGCUUUUCUGUUAAGAGUAAUUUGACUGAACACAUGAGAACACACACAGGUGUAAAACCAUAUAAGUGUUCAGUUUGUGGCAAAAGCUUUUCUGUUAAGUGCAAAUUGACUCAACACAUGAGAACACACACUGGAGAAAAACCAUUAAGUUGUUCAGUGUGCUGUAAAAGGUUCCAACAUAAUGCAGACGCAGUAAAACACAUGAGAACACACAAGGGAAAAUAACCAAUUAGUUGUUUAGUUUGUGGUAUGUGGCUCAUAUGUGGCGACAUCCACCCUACCCAGGACCUCCUCACUGCUUCUUUCACAAAUAUCUGAGGUAUUCAUACAAACUUGGAUUAUUUGAAGCAUAAUCUUAUCUACUCAUGACCCUGUGUCUUCUCUGUAUCUGAAACCUUCCUGAACAGUAAGAUAGAUGAUGCUUCAAGUGCUUGGUUACUCCUUCUUCAGUCCAGGGACCUGGGGCCUCAUGUGUCAAGUUUGUACACGCUCAAAAACCUGCACUACACCCUUUUUCACUGCAAAAUUGAGAUGUAUCAAAACUGACUAACGCAUAAGUGAUGCUGGGUAACUGUUUGCAUAACAAAUUGCCAACUUUUACUCUUCAGACUGAUUGAUGUGCAAAUCAGAGACAUAUGAACAAUUAACCCCCAACACCCACAACCCAACCCCCACCUCCCUCGACAUGGUCCUGGUGGAGAUCUACACUCUUAGUGCUUUUCUUCUUUAU